AUGUUGUUCAAAAACUUUCGAACCAUAUUAUGUGGUGAGGACCAUAAUAAGGUUCUACAUUCUAGUUCAUAUAAUGAAUCAUAUCCAGUGUUUGAGAAUUGCUUUCAUCAUGUAGAUCUAUCAUGGAUUCCAACCAUUUUUCUUUUUCUAUCCAUUCCACUUGUACUAUAUGAUCUUCAUAAGAGUCGACGAGAGCCAAUUGGCUUUUACUCUCCUGCAACUCUUCGUAUUUUUCUUGCUAUUGCUAUCCUCAUAGUUCAAAUCAUUACAUUUGUGCGAAAUACUGCUGAAGUCUUACAUAAUAAUGAAUCAGCUGUCUAUCUUAUUGGAGAUGGCUUUCAAUUCUUUGGUGUUCUAUUAACUCUUGUGUUGACUAUUGCUUGUAAGAACAGAGGUGUUGUCUCAUCUGGAACCAUAUGCCUCUUCUGGACUAUGAUGAUCAUAUGUGGACUACCCGAAUUUAUUUCCGUGUUGAUUGCUGAUGAUGAGGAACCGUCUGUUUCCAGCUUCCGUGGUCUAACUCAUGCCAUUUUCUAUUUAUUAUGCGUCGCCGAGUUCAUCUUAUCUAUUGUAGCCGAUCCUGUUCGGGAGAAGUGGAGAGGCUCAAACGCAAAGCCGUGUCCUGAAGCAGAUGCAUCCUUCUUUUCUCGAAUCACUUUCACAUACUUCAACAGCUUGGCAGCAGAAGGCAACCGUGUUCCAUUGGAAAGACGCCAUCUCUGGGAUUUGAGUGACGAAGACUCUGCCAAGUUUGUCUAUGAUGAUUUCCAUGUUCAUUUUGACAAAGAAAUGACAAAACUUCGACAGUUUCGCGAAUCUCAUCCAGAUGUUGAAUUAACCGGAGAUACUAAACCUUCCAUCUUCAAACCCAUCUUCCAGACUUAUAAGCUUUCAUUCAUUGGAGGAGGAUUCAUGAAGCUAUGCUUUGAUACCGUCCAGUUCGCAGCACCUCUUCUUCUGUCGCAACUUAUACGCUUCAUAUCACAUCCUAGCUUACCACGUUGGGUGGGAUUCUCAAUUGCUUUGGCAUUGUUUCUCUUGACGACAGCACAGUCAUUGUUUCUCCAUCAAUACUUCCAUAUCAUGUUCAAAUGCGGGAUGAAUAUUCGAUCUGCACUAACGCAAGCUGUCUAUAGAAAGAUGUUACGUCUCUCAAGCAGCUCACGCAGAACCAUGUCUACAGGACAAUUUCUGAAUCUUGUUAACGUUGAUAUUCAGCGACUACAAGAUAUGACAUCGUUCAUUAUGCUGUUCUGGUCAGCUCCACUUCAGAUCAUCAUUGCCAUUUUCUUUCUUGUUCAAUUGAUGGGACCAUGCAUUUUUGCUGGUAUCGCUAUACUCAUUGCACUACUGCCUUUCAACUCGUAUAUUUCGGUCCAAAUGAGAAACAUACAGAUGGACCAAAUGAAGAAGAAGGAUCAGCGCUCGAAAGUCAUGACUGAAAUGAUUGGCGGAAUCAAAACGAUCAAGUUCAACGCAUGGGAGUCAUUCGCUGAAAAAUUGAUCUCCGCGAUUCGAGUGAAAGAAAUCGGAAUUCUUCAAAAGCUUGCUCUAAUGAGUGCUAGCACUACGUUAUCAUGGGCAUGUGCCCCAUUCCUGGUAGCUGUACUAUCUUUCGCAAUUUUUGUCUUCAUCGACCCGGUGAACAACGUUCUGACUCCUCAAAUUACAUUUGUGGCGCUGUCUCUUUUUAAUAUAAUCAGAUUCCCGCUAGCAGUGUUUGCAAUGAUCAUAUCACAGGCGGCUCAAUGCUUAGUCAGUAACCAACGCUUGCGAGAUUUGUUUUCUAUGGAAGAGAUUGACGAAAAAGCUGUUGAUCAUAACGAAGGCGGUGAUCUCGCAGUGAAAUUGGAAAAUGCAACUUUCUCUUGGGAAAAGGGGGCCGAUAAUCAUCUAAAUGAUUGCACAUUGAAUAUCAAAAAAGGAUCUCUAGUUGCUAUUGUUGGAAGAGUUGGGUCGGGUAAAAGCAGUCUGUUAAACGCUAUUUUGGGAGAAAUGAGCAGAGUGUCUGGUUCCGCCAAUGUAGAUGGAACAAUUUCUUACGUCCCUCAAGAUCCUUGGAUAAUGCAUUUGUCAGCGCGAGAAAACAUAUCUUUGGAUAGCUCAAUUUCGGAUGAGUUCUAUGAAAGGAUUGUCAAAUGUUGUGCACUCGAACCAGAUUUCAAUAAUAUGCCUCAAGGAGACUCGACCAUCAUUGGAGAUAGAGGAAUCAGUUUGUCUGGCGGGCAGAAACAAAGAAUUUCUUUGGCAAGAGCGAUUUAUGCUCGUAACGAUAUCUACUUGAUAGAUGAUAUCCUUGCUUCUGUUGACGCACAUGUAGCUAACCAUGUUUUCAAACAAGUUUUAUCCAAGAAACAUGGUCUACUGAAUGGUAAAACAAGAAUGUUCAUCACCAACAGAAUUCAAAAUUUGAGCGGAUGUGAUCAAAUCAUUUAUAUGAAAGAUGGACAAGUAUCGGAAGUUGGUUCAUAUUCACAGCUUAUGGAGAACAAUGGUGCAUUCAAAGAGAUGGUCGAAGAGUUCUUAACUCAAGAACGGCGAAGCAAGAUUAAAAGUGCAAGCGAACAAUUCCAAGAUACAGAUUUGGUUAUGCUCGAGGAGACAAAUUCUGAAAGUGAAGCAUCAGACAGCCUCAGUCUUGCAAGUACCCAAGAUAGCAAAUCUGAUAUUGUGGAGAAUGAAUCAACCGCUCUUCUUCCGGCCACAAACCAAACACAAAAAAAAGUUUUCAGUCAAGACGCUCAAGAACAAGUGAAAACCGGUCAAGUAUCAUUCAGCAUUCAUCUAGCUUAUUUGAGAGCUAUUGGAAUACCGUUAGUCAGCGCCUUUGUUGUUGUAUACGUUUUCAGUUCGAUACUUGGGGUUGGUAGUAAUUUGUGGUUGGCUAAAUGGUCAGACGAAGCCAAAGAGAUUGCAUUGAAGAGUAAUGGAACAUAUGGAGAAAUUUUCCAUCAGCUCGGUGUUUACACAUUGUUGGGUCUUGGACAAGCAUUCUCCGUUUGUGGAGCUUCUGCUUUGAUGGCACUUGGAAUGGUUAGAGCAGGUCGUGUUCUUCAUGACGAUAUGCUGCAUAAAGUACUAAGAGUACCAAUGUCAUUCUUCGAUACAACAGCAACUGGUAAAAUAAUGACAAGGUUUAGUAAGGAUAUCGAAGUUGUGGAUACCCGUCUGCCAGCAGCACUUCUCACUUUUACUGGAGCAAUCGUCCAAGCAAUAAUUAUAUUGUUUGUCCCCAUAUAUACAACGCCAUUAAUUGCUUUUGCCAUUCUACCCAUCCUGCUAUUCUACUACAUGAUAUUGAGAUACUAUGUAAGCACUUCACGACAACUCAAACGGUUAGAAUCAGCUACAAGAGCUCCGAUCAAUUCGCUCCUACAAGAUACUGUGUUAGGAGGAUCUUCUAUUCGAGCGUUUAGAGAAGAAGAACGGUUCGAACAGGAAUGUGCAAAACGUGUAGACGAUAACAUAGUUACAUAUUAUCCAACUAUUGUUGCUAAUAGAUGGCUAGCUGUUAGAUUAGAGCUGGUUGGAAAUUUAAUUGUGUUAUUCUCUUCUGUAUUUUCGGUACUCUAUCGAGGUAGUGACGGUGUUACUGCUGGUCUGGUUGGAUUGUCCAUCGCUUAUUCUCUAAACAUUACUCAAACAUUGAACUGGGCUGUCCGAAUGACGAGCGAAUUAGAAACAAACGUUGUUGCAGUAGAAAGAAUUCAAGAGUAUACAAAACUAGAAGUAGAAGGUUCGAAAGACACUGAUCAUACACCCGUGCCGACUGGAUGGCCUCGAAAUGGAGAAAUCGUUAUUAAAAACUUGACUGUGCGAUAUCGUCCAACAACAGAAUGUGUUCUGAAAGGGCUAUGUAUGAACAUCAAUGCCAAUGAGAAAAUUGGAAUAGUUGGAAGAACUGGGUCUGGAAAGAGUACUCUCGCGUUAUCCUUAUUCCGGAUAGUAGAAGCUGAGAAAGGAACAAUUGAAGUAGAUGGAGAAAACAUAGCAGAUUUCUCAUUAGAGAGCUUACGUUCGAAAAUGACUAUUGUUCCUCAAGAUCCUUAUCUGUUCUCAGGGACUCUGCGAAUGAACCUCGAUCCUACAGGAACCGCUGCUGAACACGAAGUAUGGCAUGCACUCCAAGCGUCGUAUCUGGAUAACUUCAUCGCCUCAUUACCUGGUGGCUUGGCAUACAUUGUUUCUGAAAACGGAGAAAAUAUCAGUGUCGGACAAAGACAGCUUAUUUGUCUCGCUAGAGCUAUUCUACGUAAAUCAAAGAUUCUGGUUCUGGACGAAGCCGCUGCUGUUGUGGAUGUCGAGACCGAUAGUCUUAUUCAGAAAACUAUCAAAAAAGAGUUCAAGGACUGCACUGUGCUUACAAUUGCUCAUCGGAUAUCUUCGGUGACCGAUUAUGAUCGCAUAGCAGUAAUGAGUGAUGGAAACGUUGUUGAAAUGGACAGCCCUAAAGUGCUUUUGGCGGAUCCAAACAGUUUGUUCUAUGGAUUGGCAAAAGCAGCUGAGAUCUCAUCUUCACAGAAGAAUGAAAGUAAACCCAAAAACUGA